CGACUUGCAGCAGCAUGACGACGUUUCCGCUGCCGGCGACCUUCUUCCGCUGCCCCGAGCUCUCGGUCGACGAGCGCGAGUACAUGGUCAACCUCGCUCAAAAGUCGCUGGUCGAGCUCGUGCGCCACUCCAACCUCGAAGGCGGCCCGAUCCGCUGGAGCCUCGACAGCGACGACGCCGGCCUUCAGCUCUACACGGGCUCAGACCCGUCGGCGGUCGGGUCGGAGAUGACGUUCCUUUGCUCGACGACCGAGAUCAUGGCGUCGCUCGACGAGGUCGCAGCGCUCUUCCGCUCGGACACGACCGAGACCUUCCGCGAGUACACGCGCAACUUUGGCAAGGACCUCCUCGACGCGCAGUCGCUCUACACGCUCGCGCGCCCGACGCCCGAGAACCCGCGCCACUUUAUCGGCGUCAAGUGGAUGGUGCUCGAGGUGCCCAACGGCUUUGCCAAGAACCGCGACAUGUGCUACCUCGAGUGCCAAGACGACUUUGAGAUGAACGGCAAGCGCGGCUGGGCGCGGUCGCUCAAUUCGAUAAAAUUGCCGUGCUGCCCCGACUUGCAGAACAGCCUCAACCUCGUGCGCGCGUCCAUCUACCGCACGGGCUUCGUCUUUCUCGAGACGAACCGUCCUGGGUACCUCAAGGCCAUGCACGCGGUGCAGAUCGACCUCAAGGGCAACAUCCCAAAGUUCAUCGUCAAGAUGGGCGCCAAGCGCCGCGCGCGGAGCAUCGCCGACAUUGACCAGUUCCUGCGCGAGCGGCGCCUCAGCAACGAAGUCUUUCUCGACAAGCAGCAGCUCAUUCCGCGCUCGAUGCGGAGCAAGUGCUUUCUCUGCAGCAAGAAGUUUGGGCCUUUCUCCAAGAAGAAGAAUUGCCGCAAAUGUGGCGAGGUCGUCUGCAGCAGCUGCAGCAAGUACUGGGACAUCAACGUGAACGGCCUCGGCCGAUCCAUGAUCCGCGUCUGCUCCGCGUGUUCGGUGGGGACGUUCCACAAGGGCCUUCCACAGCUCCAGUCGGCCUUCACCGACAACCUCAGCGAACAAGACUCGACUGAUUACCACGAAGAAGGCAAGCGAGUGCUGAGCCGGCACAGCCACCACACGCCCCGGAUGGCGCGGGGACUGCAGCGCCCACCGCAGGACGUCAGCGUGAGCUUGAGCUCCAAGCAGGCGCAGUUUAGUCGGCGCGAGCCGCCGGUCAUCGCUGCCAACCGCCAUAUGCUGCCCGCCGCCCGGUCCAUCAAGCCGGACUCGGCCACGGAGCCGUCGAGUGCGCCGCAGCAGUCUCGAGCGUCGCGGUACACGGUCGAGAGCAACCAAAGCAACGGGCGCACGACCAAUGAGGAGUGGCAGGCGUCAGACACCGGCAGCAACGACGGCGGCGCGCGCUACGGCUACGACAGUCGACCGAUUGCCGAAGCGCGGUAUGCACCGGUGCCUGAGGGCCGCGAGCGUGGUGACAACGACCGGUACGAGGAGCGCAGCCAAGAGAGCCGCGAGAUCGACCCCCGCGGACGCUUCGCCGAGCCGCCGCAGAGCCACAACGCGCGGUUCCAAGACCACGAGCCCCGGUACCCGGACGCUCGCUUUCAGGAUACGCGCAGUCGCGACUUCGACCCGCGGUACAUCGACUACGACCCGCGGUUUCCGGAUGCUCGGUACGCCGACGCCGACCCUCGCUACGACCACGUCCGCCACCCCGAGCCUCGGUACCACGAGUCACGGUACUUUGCUGGCCAGCAACCAGCGCGCUACGACGACCGCUACUACGACCGUGAUCCGCGCUACAUGGACCCUCGCUACAUGGACCCACGCUUCAACGAUCGGCGCUACGUCAAUCCUCGUCACGACGAUCGCGGCGCGCGGCUCCUCGAGCACCCGGACAUGACGCCACCGAGUGAGAUGGUGGCACCCGAGACUGUCGACGUGCGCCCGCCACCGACCAGCGGCCGCCCCGUGUCGGUAACGUCCGACGACGACGCUCACUACCGCCCCUACGCACCCCUCAACGCGCAAAACCUCGCCGCGUUCACAGCGCAGCGCCCAAAUGCCAACGGUGCAGCGGAUCCGGACCGGUACAUGGACGCACGGCGCCAGAUCCAGGAAGAAUCGCCCGACCACUACAUGGACGCCCGGCGCCGCGACGGCUACAACCGCCGCCGGUACGACGACGAGCUCGUGGGGCGCUACGAAGACCGUGCUCACCCUGACGCUCGGUACCAAGAGCCAUCGCGCUACCAGGAACCGUCUCGGUACAUGGAUCCUCGUGACCAGUCGCGGUACCCAGACGAGCCGCGUUACCCUGACCAGCCUCGGUACAACACCCAGCCGCGGUAUCCCGACGAACCUCAGUACAGCAACGAUCCACGUCGCGUUGCGGACUGCGAGCCCAAGGCAGCUCCGACGAGCGAGCUCGCGAUGCUCGCACAGCAGAUGGCGUCCCUCGGUGUGCAGAUGGACCCCGCGGCCAUGACGCCAGCGCAGCUCAAGGCCCUUUACAACCAGCUCCAAAAGCUCAACCUGGACGACUCCAAGUCAGCUCCAGCGCCCUAGUUUGUUGUACACGAAGAUAUGA